UCUUUCUGAUAGCUGUGCUAUUUAUUGUAGCCAGAAUGCUAAUGAAACACUAACAAACGUUGAAGAGCAGAUUCUGGCAUCUAGGAGAAGAGCUCGAUACUUAAGACUGGCUCGCCCUCCCACUCCAGCUCAGCUACGAGUAGUCAAACAUAACAUCAGGAGGAAAACUUUUAUUCAGAAAACAUUUAGGGAAUUUAUUAUUUAUGCAGUCAUGACAACUUUGAUAAUUUUUCUUGCAUUGGAGACGUUUUCUAACAACAAAAAAAUCAUUAAACAAGCUGUGGCAAAUGAAUUAACCAGAAAUGCUAAACAACCAUUUAAUAAAAUUAAGACAGUAGAUCAUUGGUGGAAUUGGUGCUUUAAUGUUUUGCUUGAUGGACUCUACUGGGAAAAAUGGUACAACGGAGCUUCUGCUACAAAAUCAGAGGCUGGACCUAUUGGUGGAAAAUUCUUUCUCGUUGGAACACCUGUUUUUACACAAUUUCGAUGUGCAGGCAAUAACAAUUGCUCGCUGAUGUUUCUAGGAAUCAUCAUUUUUAAUCUGUAUUUAGAAUUGAGUGUUAUGGUCCAAAAAGGAAUUUUCGUCUACUGGCAAGAACCCUGGAAUUGGAUUGAGAUUUGCAUAAGUAUGCUCACCCUUGGUUAUUACGCAAGUGUUAUAUUUUAUUCUAUGCUUGCCAUGGAUAUUAUUGUUAAGCUCCAGAAAGGCUUUUUCAGAGAGUUUGUGGAUUUCAAUGCUAUUAUUGCUGUGGAACAGUGGUCACAUUGCUUGUUUGGAUUCCUGUUAUUCUUCGUGAUAAUUAAACUCAUAAAACUCCUCAGUGUUUUCAAAAUGAUGGUUCCCUGGAUGAGUAUGCUUCGCCAUAUAUGUGUCAGCACACGUUUCAUGAUGCUAUCCGCUGUCGUCUUUCUAUUGGCUUACUCAUCACUUGGAUAUCUUAUGUUUAAUUCUAAUAACUACACAUUUAGUAGUGUGAUAAAGUCCCUUCAUAUUCUUUUCAUCCAUUUGCUGAAAGUUGGUGGUUCAAAAUACACUUGCUUCCAAAAUUCAGCCAUGUCUAAUCAUUUUUCUGUGGUUUGUUUUUAUUGGACUUUCUUCAUUGUAAUGGCCUUUGCAUUGACGGGUAUGGCAAAAGGGAUUUUCAUUAAGCUGGCAAGAGUCAAGAAAGUACAUCGUAACAAGCACUUUAUAACAUUCACAGAAAUGAUUUCAUAUACAAAAGAGAGGAUAUUGUUAAUAGCUGGAAUCAAACAACCAAAGUAUGCAGACAGAGUCCUGACAAACAGCAAUAAUUUCUAUUUAGAUGAAUUUGAGGGCCUCAUUGAUGAACUUUUAUUUCACCUGAAUGCAAUAUCAAAGAGUCUACACUGCUCGCUUCCAGCAAAGCCACUUUGUUACACAGAAGAAGAGGAUGAAGCCCACCUCCUUUCAACCUAUUCUAGUGUUUACAUUAAACAAUCACCAGUGAAUUCUCUGUAUUCCGAAGAUGUUCAAGAAGAAAAUACACUUCAGGAAGGAACCUGUUUAGAGUCUGCCUCUUUGAAUAUUGAGCUACACAGAUCUUCUAUGACACCACAGAAGUUUAAACACUUUGAAAUACCAUUUGAAAAGCCAGAAGUUACUACAGAUAAAGUCCUAUUCACUCAGUGUUCUUCAGUCAGCAACAAAUUUGAGGAACAUUUAAACUCACGCACAAACACUAAAAUAGUUAAUGAAUUUUUAAUUGACAAUAAACCUUUAAACAAUGAAUCUUUAGAUAUAUCUGAAAAAGGAUACCUUAAGAACAGAGAUACAUUGUGUCUUUCUCACUGUAAAGCAAUGUUGUAUAAUGAUCAACACACAGAAAUUGGUGUCCAACAACCUGAAUUUAUCAGUGGCAUGAACAGACUAACAUGUAGUCAUUCUGACAAUAUGCUCUGUAAAAAUAGCAAACCACUAAAACGUUCACACACUAUAGUGAUUGAACCAUUGGACUGCAACAAUUCAGCAAUUUUGAACAAAGGUUUUAAAGAUGACAGUUCAAAUGAUUUAAACAUUUCAGAACAUGCUGUACCUGAUUUUGCCAAUUAUGCCUUUCAGAUGAAUCACAAUGACUUUGAAACUGAUAAAAAAAUCAACCAAACAUGUACACAACAAAAUAAUGUGAGAUCAAUUGAAAAUACAAUUACUAAGCGAAUUACUGAAGUGCCUGUCCAAACUGCACUAAACCAUAUUAAUGACAACCCGGUUGAUAAUAUUCCAUCUUCUCUUAAACAAUGCUGGUGAUUAAUGUUAGUUGUUAUAAUUAUAUUUCAAACAACCUACAAAAUAAUUGUUGCAUUUAAACAGUUUAAAUAAUCAUGUACUUA